AUGCAUAGCGAACACCAAGCAAAUAUCGAUACACAGAGCCUCGAAGAGAGAAAUGAGAGGGAAAUCCUCGAGCAUCCCAAUGAAAUUAGCCAGGAAGCGCAGGUUGGAGUGCAAAAAGCUGAAGCUACGGCUUUGGUUUGGUCCAGACCUGCCUUGUAUGCCACAUACGCCUGGAUAUGGUUAUGCUUUUUCGUCCUGUCUAUGCAAUCGUCCAUUAGCAACAAUAUGAUCUACUACGCCUACGCGAACUUCGCCUCGGCUCCUCAAAUAUCACAGGCUUUCAUUAUCUCGACCAUCGUUGGCGGGGUUCUUCAACUUCCCAUUGCAAAGACUCUUAAUCUAUGGGGCCGUGCGGAGGGCUUCCUGACAUUCCUGGUGGUUUUCCUCCUGGGUCUUAUCGUGAUCGCCUCGUGCAAUGGUCCCAACGGUUUUGCAGCUGGAUACACCCUAUAUUGGAUUGGCUAUACUGCUAUGAACUUUAUCCUGAGUGUCUUUGUUGCCGAUGUAUCUGGGCUCCGAAAUCGAGCUUUCGUCUACGCGUUUAUCGGAACACCCACAAUCUGUACAGCCUUUGCCGGUCCGCUGGCUGCCCAGGCAUUCAUAGACCAUUCGAGCUGGCGUUGGUCUUACGGCUGCUUUGCUAUCAUCACGGUUGUCAUAUUCGUUCCUCUUGCGCUUGUCUUCAAGUUUUUUCAGCGUAAAGCCGAGAAAUUGAAUCUCUUUGUUCGGACUCCAAGCGGCCGGACCACUCUCCAGUCCUUUGUUCAUUAUUUUUACGAGUUUGAUACUAUUGGCGCUUUCAUUCUGAUGGCCGCCUUCAUUUUGUUUCUUUUGCCAUUCAGUCUCGAGACUUACGGCUUCAGUGGAUACUCCUCAGCAACUUUCAUUGCUAUGGUUGUCAUCGGGAUCCUAUUAUUCCCAGUAUUUGCUGUUUGGGAGCGGUUCUUUGCUAGAACUGCUUUUAUCAAAUGGGAGCUAUUUAAGAAGCGAACAGUUCUCGGAGCUUGCAUCCUGUCAGCCGUGAUUUUCUUUAAUUACUACACCUGGGAUCAGUACUUUUAUUACUAUGUACAAGUUGUCUACAACCUUGACACCUCCAAGACAGGAUACAUGACUCAGAUAUAUGGCGUUGGAUCGACCAUUUGGGCUGUCCUAGUUGGUGUCUGGAUCCGUCAGACCAAAUACUUCAAGAAUAUCUGUCUUUUCUUUGGUGCGCCAUUGAUGCUACUUGGAGCAGGUCUUAUGAUUCACUUCCGAGGCUCCCAAAGCCACAUCGGUUACCUCAUUAUGUGUCAAAUAUUCAUUGCCUUUGGAGGCGGUACUCUUGUCAUCGGUGAUGAGAUGGCUGCCAUGGCCGCUGCAGAUCGCGACGGUGUCCCAUUGAUGAUUUCCAUGAUCAGUCUGUCCUCGAGUUUUGGCGGAGCUAUUGGUUACGCUGUUGCAGCCGCCAUUUAUUCUAACACUUUCCCCAAGGCUCUGCUCAGUGCCCUCCCUGAUUCUGCCAAAGCCGAUUACGAGGCCAUCUUCGCCGGUGGUUCAGCAGCUCAACUCAUGUAUCCCCCUGGCACUGACAUAAGGAACGCAAUCAACUACGCGUGGGCAUACAGUCAGAAAUACGAGUGUAUCACGGCUGCUGUUCUCGUUGUACUCGCUUUCCCAGCAAUCGCUAUGUGGAAAAAUUACAAUGUCGACAAAAAGCAGGUGAAGGGUACCAUAAUUUAA